AAAGGACGCUUUUUUGGAUAUAAACAUUGUUAAAAUCGAUAAUUUUAUACAAAUUACAGCAUAUAAUUACACAGAAUUGAUUUUAAUCUUAUAAAAAGUGAACUAUGAACGAAUUAUGUACAGCGUGUUUGAGUGUAGGUCGAAAUUUGUAUCUUAUAGAAGGCAGCGAUAUCCAUCCGCUUUAUACACAAAUCUUGAAUGAAAUAUCGAUCUCGGCUGAGAUGCUGUCAGUCUGCAUGCAGGUGUGCUGGGAGUGCCACGCACUGCUGCGCCGCUUCCAGCGCUUCAAGAAACAAGCGCAGCAAUGUUGCACUGAACUUCUGGGCAUUAAAAUUCAGGACGCGACGUACAAACACAAGUCCCGCCUGGGCGCGGCGCAGUUGCACUGCAUCAGUUUCCCGGAGCCGCCCGUCAAGCUGGAGCCCGCGUCCGUCAAGCGCGAGCCGGAUGACGACACGCAUUGCGAGCCGGAGACCUUCGUCAACGACCUGGUAUACGUCGUGGGGAAGACACUUAAAACUACUAAGGAGAAAAAGAAUUUGAAAAAGAAAUCCAAACAGAAGGUGAAAAUAAAGAAAAAGAAAGCAAUAAAAAAUAAGGAGAGUUCCGAAGCGGGCAGCGACUUUGAUUACGACGCGGCGGAGAGUUACAGGGAGAAGGAGUUCCCGUGUGGACAGUGCGCAGAGAUUUUUAUAGAAGAGAAAGAGUUGGAGAGGCAUAUUGGCAGUCAGCAUACCAUAAAGCAAGCCGGCAAGCCGGAGCCUUUGCCGGAAAAGCCGCAGUGCGUGGAGUGCGGCAAGAUGUUCAGCUCGCGCAAGACCUACCGAUACCACUUGAACGUACUGCACAGGGGCCAGAACAGGUACCCGUGCCCGCGCUGCGGGAAGGUGUACCAGUGGAAGUCCAACCUGGGGCGCCACAUGCGGAGCCACAAGGCGCGCGACAACAACGAGCUGCACUGCGGCACGUGUGACAAGCGCUUCGCGUCAGUCGCGACGUUCCGCCAGCACCUGCGCGUGUCGCGGCGCCACGUCGAGGAGAAGGACUUCACCUUCAUGUGCAACGAGUGCGGCAAGAAGUUCGUGAACAAGACGCGCCUGCGGGACCACAUCGACUGGGAGCACCUCAACAAGAUCAAGUUCCGCUGCCAGCUGUGCAACAAGCCGUUCAAGUGCCACACGUCGCUGUACGUGCACCGGCAGAACGUGCACAAGAACAAAGAGAAGAAGGAAAACCUGUGCCACGUGUGCGGCAAGUCCUACCCGAACGCCGCCAAGCUGAAGUACCACAUCGUGGCGAUGCACACCCGCGAGACCCCGUACCGCUGCGCGCAGUGCGGCGCCGCCUUCGGCUGGUACUCCUCGCUGUACCGCCACGUGCGCGAGGUGCACUACAAGAUGAAACUGCAACCGAACAGGAUAAGGAAGCAAAAGGUGAAAAAGUCGAGCGAUCUCCUCCCUCUCUUGCAAGCGGGCCCCCCCUAGCGUGUGUUUGUACUGAAUAUAUGGCGUUUUACUAUAAAA